CAGAAAGAAUGGUAAAAAUGCAGGCAGGGCACAGGACAAAGCACUAGGGACAAAAUUGUAUUGAGUGAAUGUCACUUUUAAAAUUUUUGAAUUUCCCGCCGGUUCCAUCCCCCGUACGUCCCGACGCUCGCAGGGACCGGAACACGGAAGACGGAUGCUGGCAUCGGCCGGAGGAGAUGGCCGGGGACCCUGUAGGGGCGACAUCGCAGGAGCAAAGGACAAGGUAAGUGAUCGAAGGAAUCCCUGAGCAAUGCUGCAGGGUAAUCCCGAGUGUAGCUCGGGGUUACUGCUUUUGGUA